GAGACCCAGCAGGAGCUGCUGCACAAGGAGCUGGAGAACGAGAGGCUGAAGGUCCGGCUGGAGGUGUCGGAGCGGGAGCUCAAGACCUUACACGAGUGUCUGUGCAGCGCUCAGAAGCUCAUAGACCAGCUGCAGGUCUCCUACACGGGCCCCCAGCAGAUCGGUCAGCAGGUUUUUGGCCCCUCACUCUCUUCCAUGGUUUCACUGACUCCAGGCUUGGACCGAGACCACCAGAACUCCAGGAAUGUGAACGGAGCAGGGGUGGACCUUGGUCUGAGCGGCUCUGUCGAUGAAUCUCUUCAUGGCUUUGAACCAAGAGAUGAAUACAAAAUGUGUCAGCUUUCAAUCCAGCCUGAUGGCUCAGUGACAAACCACACUCUGGACUCGUUUUCAUCCAGCUCAUCUCACAUGUGCUCCGACACCAGAGGAACAGACGAGAGGCAGCCUCAGGGUCCCAGUGGAACAUCCAGAUUUGAGAUCAAAGAGGAGCAGGGACCACCUUCAGGUUCUGGUCAGCCCAGCAGGAAGGACAACCAAGUUGGGGAUGAAGACGGGGCGUCCCUUAAUGUGGGGGACAUUGCUUACGGUCAAGUUGGAGAUGAAGGUGGCACUCAGCGUUCUUUCUCUAACACGCUGCGUCACCAAAGACUCGUCCGUGACUGUGGCAGUGCCAUGCAGCAGCAGGGAAGUCUCGAUGGACAGAAACCGUUGUCCAGGACUUUUGGAGUAGGCAGAAGUGACACAGUUUCACCAGGCAGAGCCGAGGACUCUGCUGGGCCUUCAGCCCCUGACAACGCUGGGGAGCCCUCAGUGGACCGGCCCCACCACUGCUUGGAGUGUGGCAAGACCUUCCGUCUGAUCUCCAGCCUGAAGAAGCACAUCCGCAUCCACACGGGUGAGAAACCGUACCCGUGUGCAGUCUGCGGCCGCCGUUUCCGUGAGUCCGGGGCACUCAAAACGCACCUGCGCAUACACACCGGCGAGAAGCCCUACUCGUGCUCCGAGUGCGGCAACUGCUUCCGCCACCUAGACGGUCUGCGCAAACACAGGCGCACGCACACGGGCGAGAAACCCUACGUGUGCGCCAUCUGCGGGAAGCGUCUGAGUCGCCUACAGCACCUCAAACACCACCAGCUCAUUCACACCGGAGAGAGGCCCUGCUGCUGCCCCUUUUGCAACCGCACCUUCAAGGAGCCCGCGGCGUUGCGGAAGCACGUCCGGACGCACCGCGACGAAGGCGGCCACAUGGGGAUCGCCCCCAUCGAGGAAACGGACCCAGAUGCCUUGGAUGACAUCAACAACCUCCAUCCUGCAGCUCCCUCUCCCCAGAUGCGGUUCGGGGAGUGGGGGGCCGAAGAGGAGGAUGGCUCAGUUGCAGACUGUGUUUAAGGAAGAGGGGAGAAGUUAUGACUGUAUUUUGAGAAAAACGAACAAAGCAUGGUUGACAACACCAACACAUUUUUCUUCUAGACUGCACAUCCACCAUUUUAACAUCAUAAACUUUCACGCUUUACAUACUUGCAUUUUAAAAGUUCAGCUGCUUCAAAGUUACUGCUGUUUAAUUAGUGAAAACAAAGCUGAUGUUUCUAACCAUAAAUACUCUAAAUCUUGGAUGGAACCAUCAGGUAGGUUCACGGAGAAGACAAACCAUCAUAAACCACCUCUGGAUGUCUUAGAACUUCAGAAACCCUUACAUACAGUCAGUGUUUUUACAGAACUGCAUGUGUCUUACACAAACUUGAGGUUAGAAAUGUUAUAAUGUACUUUAUCUUUGGACGUUUUGCAGUGAAGACUUUUUAAGAUUCAAUUGAAGGUCAAAAAAGAACUAGAGGUAGAAUGUGUUAUGCCUUGUAAUACCCUCGUGGUUAUAUUGUUUUUAGGGAAUUUAUAAAGUUUAAAAUGUGCGUAUUUACAUUUCCGGUCAGACGUUUACUUACACUAAUCAUGGGAGUGAAUGUCAUUUACUUUUUACCUUUUAUACAUCCUCUUUAAGUUUUUAAAAGCGUUGUAGUUGGGGCCAUUCCAGAAGCCCUGCGUUAGCCUGCUUCAUCCAUUUUUGAUAAGUUUGGGAUCUUUUUCCUGCUGAAACACCCAACUGUCCAAGUUUCACCCGCCUGAUUUGAGGUAAAGCUUUAGAACUAGGAAGCAGUCCAUAUUAGAUCAUUUAGUUGCUGUAGAUAAAUCUGCCCCUCAGCAUGAUGUUGCCAUCACCGUACUCAACAGAUGGUGCGGUGUUUGUUUGGUUUGAAAGAAUCACCUUCUUGACUCCUCCAAGCAUUCAUCUUGUAGUUGUGGCUAGAUAGCUCAGUAUUUGUUUCAUUUUGCUGCAAAUCUCUUUCUCCAGGAAGAAUUUGGCUUCUCUAUGUGAGCAGCUGCACAUUUCAGUCAAACGUAAAGGUGUCCAUUUUGGAGCUGGGGUGCUUUUCUUGCUUGGUUGUCAUCGUCUCAGUUUAAGACAAGUUUAAACAUAAAUGUUAUGUUCACUGAUGCAGUUGCUUUGUUGUUCAAGCAGUUUCCAGGUCAUAGCAGUGUUGAGCUUCUGGGGUUAUUGGGUUCUUCCUAACCACUUGCUUCUGGUUGAAACUUGCACUCAGGAAAAUGAUUCCAAACUCUCAUCCAAACUGGUUUUGGAAUGAGUAAAUCAGGCUGACAUUAACUUUCUGAAAUUCCACUGACCUCAGCCCAAUUGAAACUCCAUGGACUUUGCUUAAAAGUCAAGUUUGGUGCCUGGAAAUAAACCAGUUUAAAGCAACAUCAAUAAUUCUGCCAGGAAUAGUGGUCAAAUAUUCAGUCGGAAUCAUGGCAGAAGCUUGUUGAUGGUUAUCAAAUGUUUUAUGGUCGAGUUGAGACUCUCUGAGACAUUUAACCACAUGUUAUAGGUGAUGCACAUAUAUGUUUCAACCUGUAUGUAUAAUGUUGACCCUGUGUGGAUCAGAUAAAAUCCACUAUAAAUUCCAAUCUGUGCACUUGUUUAAAAUUUACUGCCACUGUAGGUUGCAGAAGCAUUCCUGUCAUUCAGCCAAUAACUGAAGGUAUUCAUAACUAUGGUGGGUGUAUGUAAACCUCUGACCAGAACUGUAUCUUAAGAUCAGCAUCCACAUGAAGUGAACUUCACACCAAUCCAAAUGAUUUUUUCUUUUUUUUAUGCAGUGACUUUUCAUAGUUAGUAUUGUUUCACAAUAUUUUCAAUAUGUUUAAAGUCAAUUCUUCCAACAAAUUCCAGGUGAAAAUGUGCCGCAAUGAAAGGAAGUCAUCUCCGUUUUAUUCCUGAAACUGUAAUGGUACUGUUAGCCACUCAUCACAGUCGAGUACAGUGGCACUAAAGACUUUGGACUGAACGUUUAAAACAAAUGGUUAGGUGAGUCCUAAAUGUCAGCCCACACCAGAUCUGCAUUGAGGCCGCAAAUAAAGAAAAAGGCUCAGCUCCAGUCUUAGUUGUUCUGUAUUUAUUCAAGUCUGUCUUUUUAUGCACAAAACCUGGCUUCGUUUUUUUUUAAACGGUACCUAAUAAGUCCCGAUGACCGUUAGUGAUUCUGACAAUAUACAAUAACCAUGAUCAGAGACCAUGUCGAAAUGGACAGCCGGGUUAUAAAUGAGUUUAUUCAUGAAGACGGCAGAUAAGUCAAAUUUAUAUCAGUGUCACUGAUGCAUUCAAAUGAAAUGAAUCAGUAACUCGAAAUCCGGGUUUCAUACUCAAGAAACACUUGCUGAAACAUUCACACUGUCCUGCUUGUGUCUCUACGAAGCAAAUCUUUCCCUCCGGUCCGCAGCCAUCCGCCUCCGUUUCACUUUAACCUGCUGGUUCCACGCAGUCCUCACCUGUGCACAGCUGUUCUGUAUCUAUAUGUUUCUGUACAUAGAUAAACUUAGUUUUAUUUGCUUCAAGAAGGGUAUCUUUUUUUUGUAGAUAAAAGUGCCCGUGCAGGACUGAUGUAUAACUGUAAUGUGAUGAUUUUAGGGCGUCAAAGUGUGAUGUAAAUACUUAUUCCAGUUGAGUGUGUUCAUGAUGCCCUUCUCAUCUGUUGGGACACAAUGCUUUGAGCUAAAAGGUGGUGUUAUUUUACAUAUAUACCAAUAUAAUCUCCAUUUAACAACUAUAUAUAACAGGAUGGUUACUCUCAGUCAUUAACACAUAUUUGUUGCUGUGUAUAUCCAAGACAUGACAUGCUAAAGUUGUCUCUGCCCAAGAUAAUCAUUUUUUUAAGCUGACAGGAGGACCUCUGCAUGUAGGUUAAGAAAUGUCAUUGAUCUAAGAAGUUAAUGUUACAUGUGAAUGCAUUUGUUAUGCUUUUGUGAAUAAAAAAAAAAAAAAAAAAUUUCAAACCUGUUUAGGUUCUUUAAAUAUUACUGUAUUAAAGGACCUUGUUUCUA